AUGGCGCUGGAGCUCAGACCGGAGCCCGUGGAGCUGAGUCAGGACGCCGUGCUCCGGUUCCUGCAGUCCCGUGGAGGUACUGUGCCGAACACGGAGCUGCUGCUGCACUUCCGCCCGUUCCUCGGGGAGCACGCGGACAGGGUGCGGAACCGGGAGCGCUUCAAGAGCUUCGUGAACGGAGUGGCGCGGGUCAAACAGGUGGACGGCGUCAGCUACGUGGUGUUACAGAAGAAGUACCGAGCCCCGGGGUCCGCACCAGGGGCCAGCUGCUCCGAGCGCAGCCACAGCCCACUCUGGAAUGUGGACAAGUCUUGGACUGACAGCCCCGUGGGGCAGGGGCCCCUCCCCGCAGCGGGGAUCCUCCACAACAACAAGAGCGAGGAGCCAAAGCUGAACCUGCAGAGCAAAGUCCAGCAGCAGCAGAGCUCUGCAGGGAGGAGCAGGGGCCUGCCCCGGCCCGGACCAGCCAGUGAGAACCUGCCCCGUCCUGGACCAGCCAGUGAGAACCUGCCCCGUCCUGGACCAGCCAGAGAGGACCUGCCCCGUCCUGGACCAGCCAGAGAGGACCUGCCCCGUCCUGGACCAGCCAGAGAGGACCUGCCCCGUCCUGGACCAGCCAGAGAGGACCUGCCCCGUCCUGGACCAGCCAGAGAGGACCUGCCCCGUCCUGGACCAGCCAGAGAGGACCUGCCCCGUCCUGGACCAGCCAGAGAGGACCUGCCCCGUCCUGGACCAGCCAGAGAGGACCCGCCCUUGAACCUUUCUUCUCAGCCUGUGUCAGUCUCCCCUCAGCAGAGACGCACUCACCUGCCUGUAUCCCGGGCCCCUCAGUCUGUCUCUCCUCAGCAGAGACACACACAGCCUGUUGAAUCCUCCAGCACACACCUGCCCCUGUCACUGUCCCCUCAGCCUCUGUCCCGGGCCCCUCAGCCUCUGUCCCGGGCCCUUCAGCCUCUGUCCCAGGCCCCUCAGCCUCUGUCCCUGUCCCCUCAGCCUCUGUCCCUGUCCCCUCAGUCCAGACCUGGAGCAGUCGGCCAGCCCUUCUUUGAGCCUCCUGCUCCUCGGUCUCUGUCGCCGCGACAGAGAAUCACGGUCUUGCCGGAUCCUGGUCCCGCCUUCACAGUGUGUCCAGUGACACGAGGGGAAUUCUGGAUCCAGAAGGGACAUGUCCCUAGAGUCACAGUGAGGGACAGGCCUGCUCUAGGACCAGUCUCCACUUCAGGACCAGUUUCUGCUCUAGGACCUGUCUCUAUUUUAGGACCUGUCUCGAUUUCAGGACCUGUCUCAACUCCAGGACCUAUCUCUGUGAGGAACAUCCCUGCUCCAGGACCUGUCUCUGCUCCAGGACCUGUCUCUGCUCCAGGACCUGUCUCUGCUCCAGGACCUGUCUCUGCUCCAGGACCUGUCUUUGCGCCCCUCCAGACCAGUGUCCCCCGGAGAACACGUCUGCGACAGAGCUAUAGGAGCGCUGUGUCUGUGGAAGAGUACGAGGAUGAAGCGGACGACGUUCUCCCGGAGAGGAGGCUCAUGUCCCAGUCCACUCCGGCUCUGGACACUGCACCGGUGCCACCGAACGCCAGCCGUCAGCCGGCCCCUGCCGUCUGGCCUCAGAAGUUCUCAGUGCCACAGAUCCACAUUCAGGACCUGGACCCGGGCCCCAAACGAGGAUCGGCCCCAGAGUCCGGCCUCAGAUCGGCCCCUCCGCCCACAGCCAGAACACUGCAUGGCAGCAGCAGCAGCAGUAUGCAGCAGAGUCCUGAAGGGUCGGCCUGGAGCAGCAGCAGCAGCAGUAUGCAGCAGAGUCCUGAAGGGUCGGCCUGGAGCAGCAGCGAGGAGCUGUCCCACAGAGGGGUUCUUGCGGGUCUCGAACAGCGUCAGAGUUCAGUGGGACAGGUCUCCAGAGGCUUCCAUCGCUCCACAGGUGAUCUCUAUGAUGAUGGCGAGGGAACCAGUGAUGGCUCCGCCCCCUCGCCCACUUUGCUCCGCCCCUCUGUGGCGCGGAGCCGCAGCAGUAACAUGAGGAGCCGCCUGUGCCUGAGUCUGGGGGCCGAUCUGGACCAGAUCAUGGACCCUGAGGACCACAGAGCUCCGCUCUGCUCUAUAGAGACUAGAGACACGAUGGGCUGA